GGCACACAAAUUCUACAAUCAUCGAGCUGUAAACAUCGAAAAACACGAAGCAACCAGACUAUACGGAUAUAUAAAUAAAUUUGCAAAUUUGUUUUAUCUAUAUUCAUACAUAAAUAUACCGAAUGGAUAACUUUAAUGUGCCCAAGCGGAUCAAUCGGAAUGUGAUGAAGGCCUUGGGUGUUCUGCAGGGUACACACUCGAUGACGGCCUUUGUGCCGGCACAGAGCAUCAUCAAACAGGUGGAGCUGCAGAUGCGUCGCAGCAAGAAUAUGCCCAAUAUCGAGGAGUAUGUGCUGAAGAGUCUGUGCAGUCUCACCCAUCUGGGGGUUUUGGUCCGCACGGGCUACUCGGACUAUGCGCUGCGUCAGGCGCUUGUGUUUGAGGACGGCACCAGUGCGAUUCCGUGGCGCAGCUCAAAUACGCCAGUCGAGAGUUCCAGUACAAAGCUGGGCGGAGUAAAGGCUUCGCUUAGAAAACGUGCCACUAAGAGUCGCAUGGUUCGCUCUAGGCCCAAGGCCAGGCGUGCCACAAUUCGAAAUGUUGCUCAGCAGUCGAUUAUAACACCGAAACCUUGUCGGAUAUGCGUCAAGCGUAAGCCCAGUGUCGAGCAGCCAAUGGAAUCCGAGCCGGCCGCUAAUGAAGUAUCCGCUCUAGUUGAAAUACCCAGUGGAAGCAUUAUCGACUUCAAUUCGAAUUCGUUUUCACUCGAUACACGUUGGAGCUUUAAUUACCCAAUUCCAAUUUCCGCUUCGGGCAGCUGUUAACGAUCGUAUGUGUAUGGAAUGGAAGAGGAGAACCAAACGAAGAUAAAGGGGGGCAGUAAAAGGGAAGAAUUAUUUGUCAUUUGUUAUUCCCUUUGAAUUAACCCCAAUUCACUCUGCGCAGAUGCCUUGUAUGUGUGUGUGUGUGUCAGUAUGUUUCUCAUUUCCAAAAUUAUAAAUAA